CAUUAAUACCAUUAAUCGGCAACACAAGUUGCACCGCAGUCUUCUCGUGUGAUUGAUAACAUGAAAAACAAGUAGAUUAAUCUUACUGAGUGUUUGAGUGCCCAAGCAAAAUGUCGGUCAAGGUUUUCAAGAAUAUUUUGAAUAAUAAAAAAAAUAUUUUGAGCGCGACCAAAUAUGUUAGUGUUUAUACUAGGAAGCUGGGUACAUCUGACGGACAGUCUAAAAUUUUGACCUGUGGAACUACAGUGGACAUUCCAAAUGUUUCUAUCCCAGAAUUUGUUUAUCCCAGUUUGGACAAGUUUCAUAAAUAUACUGCAAUGGUGUGUGCUACAACAGGAAGAAGUUAUACCUUUGGUGAAGUUAAAAAGAAAAGUAAAACUUUAAGUAGAGCGCUUAGACAUAUUUUCAAAUUAAAAAAAGGAGAUGUGGUAGCGAUCUUCUCGCCAAACAAAGCAGAGUAUGCGAUUGCAAUAUUUGGCAUACUCGACGCUGGAUUAACUGUAACGACUCUGAAUCCCAUAUACACUCCAGCGGAAGUAGCACGACAGCUUCAAGAUUCAUCUGCGAAAGUAAUAAUAACUCAAACACCAUCUAUACCUACAGUAAAAGCCAGCUUAGAUCUUUUGAAAACAACUAUUCCAAUUGUAGCAAUUAAAUCAACGCAAAACGAGAGCCUUCCUUCAGGAAUCAUCGACUUUGAUGAGCUUUUGAACACCAAUCUAGAUGUACCUGACGUAGAUGUAUUACCCAGCGAUUUAGCUAUCUUGCCCUACUCCAGUGGUACUACUGGUUUACCGAAAGGGGUAGAAUUAACUCACUCAAAUAUUGUAUCUAAUUUAUGCCAGAUGAAACACGACGAUUACAAUUAUCAAGAGGCACCAACAGAUAGUUACCAAGAUGUUACAGCUGGCAUUCUUCCAUUCUUUCACAUAUAUGGUCUCACAAUGACAUUGUUUACAACGAUAAAUAAUGGGGUGAAGACUAUUGCUAUAGAAAAAUUUACACCAGACUUGUAUGUAUCUGUUCUGAAGAAUUUUCCCAUUAGUUUAAUUUAUGCAGCACCCCCAUUAGUAUUAUUCCUAACUUCAAGUCCUUUAGUUAAAAGUGAAUAUUUUAAGAAUCUAAAGUUGUUAACGUGUGGAGCUGCACCUUUAGGAUUUUCUGACGAACAGAGAUUUUUAGAAAAAGCUCAAAAUCCAAAAACCAAAAUAGUACAGGGUUAUGGAAUGACAGAGACAUCCCCAAUUUUAACGUAUUAUUCAAAAUAUAUACCGAGAAAUGAAGCGAAUGGGGGCACAAUUGGAACAGUGGUACCAAAUACUUUACUCAAAAUUGUAGCACCUGGUGAUACUACAGGUGCACCACUAGGACCUAACGAAAAAGGAGAAUUAUUGGCAAAGGGUCCUCAGAUAAUGAAGCGAUACUUUAAUCGUGCAGAAGAAACAGAAAGCGCGUUCUUGGAUGGUUGGUUGAAAACUGGUGAUAUUGCUUAUUAUAAUCAAGAUGAAUGUCUUUUCAUUACUGAUAGAAUAAAAGAACUAAUCAAGGUGAAAGGUUUUCAAGUAGUUCCAGCUGAACUUGAAGAAGUAAUUAGAGGUCAUCCAGAAGUGGAAGACGCUGCGGUGAUUGGAAUACCACACGAGCAAUACGGGGAGGUUCCUAGAGCUUACAUAGUUGUAAAGAAAAACAAAAAUAUCAGUGGUGAUGAAAUUAAGUCAUAUGUAGCUCAACAAGUUGCUAACUAUAAACGGCUGGUUGGAGGAGUAUCGGUUGUUGAUGCAAUUCCAAGAAAUCCGUCUGGAAAAAUCUUAAGAAGACAGUUAAAAUUGGAGUUUGCUGAGAAGGGACACUAAAUUAUUUUAGGAUUAUAUUUUUAUAUUAUAAAUACAAUAAAUUAUAUAUAAGUGUUAUAA